AUGCACAGAUGCCGCCUGAGUUGGCACUUCUUGCUGAUCUGUAUAUGGAAGCUUGUCACGUCGGUGUCGCUUGCUUGCAUGACGCUGCACCGGUGCCUCAUUGUGCGUGAAGAGCAGCGGCGAAAAGGCUCCAAAGACAUUGAAUUCUCUACUCGUCACCAGUACCAUCCAGCAAUGAACCACGAGCCGUACGACAACGGAAUACACGCGCAACUGAAGAGUCGAUCGGGCUUCUUCUCACAACACAGCGGCCCUAGCAAGGGAGCCAAAAACAUCCCAGCACCACUCUGGUGGCUGGUGCUCUACCUUUCUGGCACCAUAGUCGGUAUGGUCGGACUCUGCUCCCUACUCUACACCACAUUUCGCACAGACCUGACCAUCCGCCAUCUCACAUAUGGCUUUGGCGCCGCGAUGGGCCUUAUCCCCUUGCUCGUCGCAAUAUACUGGUACAUGCACCACCUGGACCUCCCUCAAGGAGGAUCGAAGGUGUAUUGGUCAGCAGUUCGGUACACGUUCUUCGGCAGUAUACUUGCAUUCACGGCGGUGUUUGGAUUCUUUUCUUCACUUUAUAGCGAUUUGGUACUUGGGAGGAUUGCGGACAAUUUGUUUGGGCUGCCGUCGCAGGAUUUUGCGCCACUUUAUUGGGCGUGGUUUGUGGCGAAGAGGUUGCCAAUGUUGUCUUUCUAA